GGGACCAGACUCAGGAGUUUAAGGCGGUGGUCUGAGAGGAAAAUCUACAAGGAGUCAGAUUUCAGUGUUGGAACACUGAUUGCAAUGAGUCACUGAGAGAGCCUGAGAGCUGCCUUUGUUCCACUUGUGUCUGAACGUUGUAGGAGACAGCAGACUCCAAUUUUUAUUAAUAUUUUCUUUUCAUAAGGACAAAUUCAUGAUCACUGAACAUUUUUUCCAAUUCAGGUCUUUCGGCAAUGUUUAAAAAGAUGCACUCAUGGAAUUACUGGUGGUCCUGGAAUUUGCUACUAGUGCUCUUGAGUUCAUCGCUCCCUGUUGUUUUAUCAGCUCAGGUCAUAGAAGAACGGGGAUCAAAAGGUCACCUAGAUCUCACAGAGCUAAUAGGAGUUCCACUUCCACCAUCUGUCUACUUUAUCACUGGCUAUGGUGGAUUUCCAGCUUACAGUUUUGGACCCGACGCUAACAUUGGUCGCCUGACAAGGGCUUUAAUACCACAGCCUUUCUAUAGAGAUUUUGCUAUUGUAGUGACAGUAAAACCAAACAGCAACCAUGGAGGUGUACUAUUUGCAAUAACAGAUGCCUUCCAGAAAACUAUAUACUUGGGAAUGAGACUAUCCCCAGUUGAUGAUGGCACCCAAAGAAUAAUCAUGUACUACACAGAGCCUGGUUCACACAUUUCCCGAGAGGCUGCUUCGUUUAAAGUUCCAGUGAUGACUAACAAAUGGAAUCGGUUUACGGUGACUGUUCAGGGAAAUGACAUGGCUCUGUUCAUGGACUGUGAAGAAUAUCAGAGAGUUCAGUUUCAGAGGUCAGCUCAGGCCUUGGAAUUUGACUCCAGCUCUGGUAUAUUUGUUGGAAAUGCAGGAGCAACGGGAUUGGAAAAAUUCACAGGCUCAGUUCAACAACUAACAAUCAAACCAGACCCAAGGGCUACUGAAGACCAAUGUGAAGAUGAUGAUCCAUAUGCAUCAGGAGAUACCAGUGGCAAUGGUAGCAUUCAAGAACAGGAAGGAGUUCCUGAGACACAAGAAGCCAUUGCAUCAUCUCAACCUCCAUCUGAUGACACAACUGCUGAGCCGGUGGAACCACCCCCAACCGUGUCACCUCAUUCUGAAGAAAUGGAUUUCUCAGGACAUCAUAUAUUAGAGGAAACAUCUGUAGCACCUACAAUCAAAAAACAAGGUUCAGAUGAUGAAGGAAAUGAUCAACAUGAAAAUGAAGCUACCAUUGAUACUCAGGAAAUCUUAAAGCCAGAAGUUGGUUCUGGAGCUCAUAUUUUGCAAGAAGCGAGCAGAGAAAAGGGUCAAAAAGGUGAGAAAGGUCAAAAAGGAGUUCAAGGCCCCGCAGGGUCCCCAGGAAAGUCAAGACUGAAAGAAAUGCAGACAGGGAUUCAAGGACCUCCUGGACUCCCAGGCAAACCUGGGCAAGAUGGCCAACCUGGCAUCCCUGGUAAAGAUGGAUUGCCUGGUAAAAGAGGACUUCAAGGAGUGCCUGGGAUGAAAGGAGAGAUGGGCAUGAAAGGACAAAAGGGUGAUCCUGGUGUAGGAAUACCAGGGCCACCAGGACUUCCAGGACCUCCAGGCCCAUCUGCUGUACCCAGAAGACUUAGUAGACUUGACCCUGAAGGAUCAGGCUCUGGUGACCUUGACAGAGACCAUGAGCUUUUUAGAGGUCUCCCUGGGCCACCAGGCCCUCCUGGAUUACCUGGUCUCCCAGGAAAACCAGGGCCAGAUUCAAAUACAGGCCCCCCUGGAUCACCUGGGGAAGAUGGGAAAAAUGGAGCUUCUGGUGAACCAGGCCUUCCAGGUCCCACAGGUCAUCCUGGGCUUCAUGGAAUGGUAGGUCCUCCAGGAGUGAAAGGAGAAAAGGGUGAUCCAGGUCUUUCUGUUUCCAUUGGUCCAAAGGGAGAUGCUGGAGAUACUGGAGCACCAGGUCUAAAAGGUGAAGCAGGUGCUGAUGGACAGCCUGGGAAACCCGGACCACCAGGACUCCCGGGACCCCCUGGCCCAGGCUAUGGCUUUGGAUUUGAGGAUAUGGAAGGGUCAGGGAACAUUGGUUUGUUAAGUGAGCCCAGAACCCCAGGAUCCAGAAGACCACAUGGUCCUGUGGGGGAGAUUGGACAACGUGGGCCAAUGGGACCAAAGGGAGAAAAAGGUGAUGCUGGUCCACCAGGCUUGACAGGUUUAAAGGGAAUACAAGGUGCAAGUGGAAAACCUGGAUUUCCUGGUGUUUCUGGACGCCCUGGAGAUGAAGGUCCAAAAGGGGAAAAAGGAGACACAGGACCCAAGGGUGAGCCAGGACAGGAUGGUGCCAGUAUUGUGGGACCGCCAGGUUUACCAGGACCACCAGGACCAAUCAUAGCAAUUCCGGAGCUACCACUGAACAAUACAGACGGAAUUUUUAACUUUACUGGAAUUGAAAGACUUCUUGGGCCUCCAGGGCCAGAUGGCAAGCCCGGUCUACCAGGAUUUCCCGGUCCCCAGGGACCAAAAGGUGAUGCUGGAUUGCGUGGAUUGCAAGGGCCAAAAGGACAACAGGGUGAAAAGGGGGAACCAGGAGUUAACAUUGCUGCUGAUGGAUCUCUAACAAAAUUGAUGAGAAGAAAAGGGCAGAAGGGUGAACCUGGAGUUUUGGGACCAGCAGGACCAAUGGGACCAAUAGGACCUUCAGGACCCAAAGGAGAACUUGGUUUUCCAGGACGACCUGGCCGCCCGGGAUUGAAUGGUCUGAAAGGUGUGAAAGGUGAAAAAGGCGAAACAUAUGGUCCUCCUGGCUUGCCUGGACCUCCAGGACCUCCUGGGCCACCGGGACAUAUAGCAUACAUCAAAGGAACAGUUUUCCCAGUUUCUCCUAGACCACACUGCAAAAUGCCCGUGAGCACUGUUUACCCUGGAGACCAGGGCAGUCUUGACAUUCAUGGUUUUAAAGGAGAGAGAAACUCCUGGGGACUGAAUGGCCCUACCGGCUUAAAGGGUGAAAAAGGAGACCAAGGCUCCCCUGGUCCACCAGGUCCUUCUCUACCUUCAUCAUAUUUCAGCCACUUUAUUAACAGCAUAAAGGGUGAGAAAGGAGACAGUGGAGAGCCUGGCUUAAAAGGAGAAAAGGGAGAGCCAAAUGGAGGGUUCUUUAUGACAGGGCCUCCUGGGCCCCCAGGAAGACCUGGACUUGUUGGACCAAAGGGGGACUCUGUUGUUGGACCCGGAGGGCCCCCAGGAUUACCGGGCCUGCCUGGGUCUCCAGGGUAUGGAAAAGUUGGCCCUCCUGGCCCACCAGGCCCUCCUGGGCCCCCAGGACCUCCAGCAAUAUAUGGCUCAGCUGCAAUUCCAGGGCCACCAGGGCCUCCAGGAGAACCAGGAUUACCAGGGACCAGGAAUCUGGUUACAACAUUCAGAAAUAUUGAGGGUAUGCUGCAAAAGGCUCACUUGGUGGCAGAAGGAACAUUAAUCUAUCUGCGUGAAAACAGCGAGGUCUUUAUUCGUGUUCGAGAUGGCUGGAGAAAAUUGCAGCUGGGAGAAUUAAUUCCCAUCCCUGCUGAGAGCCCUCCUCCUCCAGCAGUUUCAAGCCAUGGCUUUCAGUCUCUUCCGGCACUGACUACUUUUUCCAACAUUAACACUGGAAAACCAUCACUGCAUCUGGUGGCUUUGAAUUUCCCAUUUUCUGGCGACAUGCGAGCAGAUUAUCAGUGCUUUCAACAGGCCCGGGCAGCAGGUUUAACGUCAACAUACAGAGCUUUCCUCUCAUCACAUUUGCAAGAUCUGUCCACAGUUGUGCGAAAAGCAGACAGAUACAGUUUACCAAUAGUUAAUCUUAAGGGAGAAAUACUCUUCGCUAACUGGGAAUCUAUAUUUACUGGCAAUGGGGGUGAGUUCAGCAUCCAGAUUCCAAUAUACUCCUUCGAUGGGAAGAAUGUCAUGACAGAUCCGGCUUGGCCUCAGAAAAUAAUGUGGCAUGGCUCAACUGCAAAUGGGAUCCGACUAGUUAGCAACUACUGUGAAGCUUGGCGUACGGCUGAAAUCGUGGCUGUGGGACAAGCAUCACCACUGAAGGCUGGGAAGCUCCUGGAUCAAAAAGCUUACAGCUGUAGCAACAGGUUUAUUGUUCUCUGUAUUGAAAACAGUUUCAUAUCUGAUAUCCAAAGAAAAUAAGUCAUCUAUGCACAUAAAAACAUUCAAUUAUAUUCUAUAAAAGUUGACACUGAAAUUGUUAAUGAUGUAAAUAUUCUUUUUUUUAAACAUUAAAAAAUUGCACAUUUAAAAAUAAAAUAACCAAAGAAAAAGUACCUCAAUGCAGGCAGUAUUCCAGUGGGGUGGAGUUCAUCCCUUACAGGGGUGACUGGCUGAAGGCCCCUUCUACCACUUGAACCACACAGAGGAGUUGCAUGGGAGUUAGCAGGCUAAGCAACCAUACAGAAAUGUCAUCUCUUCACCUCCAGCAUCCUAUGAAAUGAGCUAGGUGGGCUUGGGGCUGAAGAUCACUUAGGGGGAUGAGCCAAGUGUAGUCUACAAGCAAAACCAAGGAAGAGACCACAGCUUCAUUCUUCUACAGGUCCAGUGGCCAUGGUUCCACAAACAUCCGGCACAGAGAAAGAUUGCUAUUACUCCUCUGUCCUAUACGAGUGCUAUACCCUGCCUCUAAGGGCGCAGACAGAAGUGACAAUUUUUGUUCAAUCUGGCCACAGGAAGCAGUUCAUAGCCAUGACUAAGCACAAGUGCAUGGCUGCAUACAGCUUCAAAAAUGGCCAGUCAGGUGAAAAUCUGACCCCUCAUUCUAUGAUGAUGAAGCAUCUUCUGUAACGUCUGUCUGCACUGCCUGCCAGCCUGUCACUGUUUUCAGAAUGGAAGGGGAAAACGGGAGUGGAGGGAGUUCAGUCUGAGGGUUUUUCAGCCCCUGCUGGAGGGUGAAGCAGGUGUAUUGGAGCCAGGUUGGGGGGCUCCUAUUCUGAAAACUUUACAGGCUCAGAGGGCCAUUGUUAAGGGAAACCAACUGCAGACCCCCAGCUAGCAGCUAGAUUCCUCUCCCCCUGGAACCAACAGUGAACUUCUGUUUGUUCCAGGGGGUCAUUGUAACUCAAAGCACAUCCUGCAAAGUGCUCUCAGUUACAACGGGGAGCUGCACUUCUGUCUGCACUCUGUUACAGCAGAUAAUGGUAAUGUCCCCCAUUCAGUGUCCCCUCAUUCAACCUGUACUCAGCAUGAAUACUUAAGCUGUUUUUUUUCAAAAUGAGAGUUUAAUGUUGGGCUUCUAAAUCCUCUGGAGCUGAUAGUUUUAAAGUAGCUGAAGGAAACUAGGUGCCCAACUCAACUGACCAUAGUGGAAGCCAGGUGCCUGAUUCCUUUAGGCUUCUUUGAAAACUGUAGCUUGAGUGCUCAAGUAUAAGUUCAACAGCUUAACGUCAUCCCCUCAUUUUUUAGAAUCUUGGUGUAAGACUUUGUGGAAGGAGUGAAUUUCACCCAGAUCAAAAGCAAAAAACUUGAUCCAUGCUUUGGUGCUAUUGUCACCAGAAAACCCUGAGCAGUGUUAGCAGAACACAUCCUAUUUUUACUGGCAAAGCUGAGCACAGUAAAUGCAGACACCAAACCCAUUGGAACUUUAUUUAUUCCUUUGCAUCUUAAAGGAAGUCAUUCCUUAUGUUAACAGGUUCUGCUGAAUGAAAGAGAUCUGUCAUGCUUUCUUUAAAAUAGGUUUUAGACAAUGAUAUCCUAUUAAGUUAUAUGUAAAGUGAUUUCUUGUUUCCCAUGUGAAUCUUUAUCCCUUUUUACCAUACUAUUUUUCACAUGGUGAAAAAUCAGUUAAUAUAAACUACACAAAACUGCAGUUAUAGAAGAUAUCAGUAAAGAUUAAGGUUUCCCACAAAGCCAUAACAUUACCAUAACAUUUUUAAAUUGCUUAUCUAUAUUUUCUACAUCAUAUUUUAAUGAGGUAUUUACCUAUAUUGCCAUAAUAUAACAGCUAAGCUUUCACAUUAUCACUUUUUAAAUAUAAGUUAGACACUAGGUUUGACGCGUCUGUUGGAAGCAUCUGUUCUUAAAAGACUAUGACUCAUUUGCUGUCAAUAAUGUAAUACUCCGGUUGCUACUCACAAAUGAAGGCCUCCAUCCAGACAGCUUUUAUUAUUCGAAACUGAUUCUGUUUUUAUACAAUGUAAAAAUGUGAAAACCAGUUUUAUUUUUCCAUUUCUAAUAAUAUAAAAGCAUCUUUUCCAGGGC